UGCCAUUAUUGAGUUACAAAUUGAAUGCUCCCAACAAACAUUACCAUCACCAACAUCUUCUUGGAACCUUCCACUUAAUAAUUCUGAAAAUUUAUUCCCAACUCUCAAUUAUUCAUGGUUUAAUAUUAAAGGGGAGUGGUGAUUCUUGAAUUCUUGAAUUUCUUUUUGCUUUUUUGUUUGUCCAUCUUCUGUGCUUAGCCGAUCUGUCUUGAGGGCCACUUGUUCUUCAAUCAUAAGUUUUGAAAAUAUUGGAGCUGCUUUGACUCAUUCAGACUCUCAAGAGCCGGUUUGAAUUUCUGAAUUGUGUCGAUCUUUGAGCUGCUUGUCCACACAAACUCCAAGUAUUGAAGAAAUUCUUAUUGAAGACUGGGAUUGCUGAAAGCAAGUUGAACACAGAAGAUAACCAGUCGCGAAUGAGUCAACCCAAAAUUAAGCGCAGAAUAGGGAAGUAUGAGGUCGGAAGGACGAUUGGUGAGGGAACAUUUGCAAAGGUUAAAUUUGCUAGAAAUUCUGAGACUGGAGAAGCUGUGGCUGUCAAGAUUCUUGACAAAGAUAAGGUCCUAAAGCACAAAAUGGCUGAACAGAUAAAGCGGGAGAUAGCAACAAUGAAAUUGAUCAAACAUCCUAAUGUUGUUCGCAUAUACGAGGUGAUGGCGAGCAAGACCAAGAUAUUUAUUAUUUUGGAGUUCAUCACUGGGGGAGAGCUAUUUGAUAAAAUUGUAAAUCAUGGAAGGAUGAAAGAAGAUGAAGCAAGAAAAUACUUUCAGCAACUCAUUAAUGCUGUUGAUUAUUGCCAUAGUAGAGGGGUCUUCCAUAGAGAUCUGAAGCCGGAAAACCUACUGCUGGAUGCUGCUGGAAACCUCAAAGUUUCUGAUUUUGGAUUAAGUGCUUUGUCCCAGCAAGUCAGGGAUGACGGUUUGCUGCAUACAACCUGUGGAACUCCGAACUAUGUAGCUCCUGAGGUCCUCAAUGAUCGAGGCUACCAUGGAGCGACUGCCGACUUGUGGUCAUGUGGAGUCAUACUCUUUGUAUUGCUUGCAGGUUACUUGCCUUUCGAUGAUUCUAAUCUUAUGAACCUAUAUAAAAAAAUAUCAAAUGCUGAGUUCACAUGCCCUCCUUGGAUUUCGUUUGGUGCCAUGAAAUUGAUUACUCGAAUCCUGGAACCCAAUCCCGAGAAACGUAUUACUGUCCCUGAAAUAUUGGAGGAUGAGUGGUUUAAGAAGGAUUACAAACCUCCAGUAUUUGAUGAGAGAGAAGACAUAAAUUUGGAUGAUGUGGAAGCUGUAUUCAAGGAUUCUGAGGAAUAUCAUGUGACGGAGAAAAAGGAGGAGCAGCAGCCAGCUGCAAUGAAUGCCUUUGAGUUGAUUUCCAUGUCUAAAGGUCUCAAUCUUGGGAAUCUAUUCGAUGUUGAACAGGGAUUCAAGAGAGAAACAAGGUUCACAUCGAGGUCCCCAGCCAAUGAGAUAAUUAAUAAAAUUGAAGAAGCUGCAAAACCCCUUGGUUUUGACGUUCGCAAGAAGAAUUACAAGAUGAGACUUGAAAACAUAAAAGCGGGAAGAAAAGGCAACCUUAAUGUUGCCACUGAGGUUUUCCAAGUUGCCCCGUCUCUGCAUAUGGUUGAGGUUAGAAAAGCAAAGGGCGACACUUUGGAGUUCCACAAGUUCUAUAAAAACCUUUCGACGUGCCUUGAGGAUGUAGUUUGGAAAACCGAAGACGACAUGCCAGAGACGAACUAGAGUCGUUGCUGUAAUCGGGAGCAGUAGUAACAAUUUCCGCUUGCAACUGUAUAAUUGUUGUGUCGUCAUUCUUUUGUUUCACUUUUCGUUCUCUAUGGGGACCUUCUUCUCCAGGGCGGGAAUUUGAGUUCGAUUGGUGUUCUCAUGUUCUUGGUAUUAAAAUGAUAAUAUAGUUCUCUGGUGAGGUGUGGUUUAUCUGGUAUGCUUCCUCAGACAAAUGCAACCUCAACUGUAUAGCACCUUUUAAAUGUAAGUUUAAGGAAAAAAA